CUUGACAUCCUCCGAUAGAUCAAACGUGCGCGGGACCCGUGAGCGAGAUCUACGAGAUGAUCAUGUAAUGCUAAUAGGAGGAGCCCAUGAACUUGAUCGAUAAGAUUUUGUCAGAUGAUAGCAAACCCGAUUGUCCUGCUUUAGAUACAUGUUCAACAUCUGUGACAGAUGAUCCUGGCUAUUAACGAGGAGAAGAAUGUCUGGGUUUGCGAUUAAGAAGGCCACACCAUCUUUAUACUGUGUUGCCGUCACUUGGUGUUAUCUCUGUAAUGAUGUCACAUGGUAUUCCACUGGACGUUGGUUGAUGAUGAUGUGUAUGCUUGUAGUAAUAUUCCAUUGUUCACGAUUGCUUCACUAUGUACAGAUCAAAAUGCUUCUUCUCUAGCCUCCCGUUUUUGCGUCAUGGAGAGAAUAGAUUGAUGAGGUGAUGUAUGGUUUCAGUCUGUGUAUGGUUAUACUACACAUAGCGUGC